GGCUGGGAAAGGAGAGGAGGGGCGCGAGGAGGGUGGCGUCUCUGAGGGAUUUAACCUCCUACCCUCACUUACAUGACGCCACCCCUCCCUCCCAAGCCUGGGACUGCGCCUCCAUUUUUGUUUUGGGGCGGAAGGGCAGGGGCUCCCGCAUAGCAGGGGUCAAGGGAAGCGGUAAUCAUCACCUGUGAGGGGAGAGAGGGUGCUGUCCUCCCUCUUCCUCAGUGCCUCACUGCACCCCUGCAGCCCCCCCAACCCUCUCAGGGUCUCCCCCCCCCUCCUUGUUGCUAAGGCCCGGACCGUCAUCCCAGCAACAGCCUCAGUCAUGUGACCGGCAAUGGCGGCGCUGACGAGAGCCCUGGUCAGCUGAGUGUGGAUAUAGGGGGGCUUCUGCUGCCGUCAUCUUCCAUGGGCUUUCCAGGUGAUACAGCCCACAAGUAAGGAGCAGGAAAGAGAGAGUGAGCCUGCAUGCCAAUUCUAAGCUCUUCAGGAUCAAAUGUCGUUCGUCCUGUCCAGAAUGGCAGCCUGCGGAGGCACCUGCAAGAACAAAGUGACUGUCUCCAAGCCUGUGUGGGACUUCCUGAGCAAGGAGACCCCAGCCCGGCUGGCCCGGCUUCGGGAGGAGCACCGCGUGUCCAUCCUCAUAGAUGGCGAGACUUCUGACAUCUACGUUCUCCAGCUCUCCCCGCAGGGCCCGCCCCCCGCCCCUCCCAAUGGGCUCUACCUGGCCCGCAAGGCUCUCAAGGGGCUGCUGAAGGAGGCAGAGAAAGAGCUGAAGAAAGCUCAGAGGCAGGGCGAGCUGAUGGGCUGCCUGGCUCUGGGGGGUGGGGGGGAGCACCCCGAGCUGCACCGCCCAGGCCCACCCCCGCUCCGAGCAGCCCCCCUCUUGCCCCCAGGGGCACGAGGCCUUCCUCCUCCUCCUCCUCCCCUGCCCCCUCCCCUGCCUCCCCACCUCCGGGAAGAGGCAGAAGAGCAGGAGAGCACCUGCCCCAUCUGUCUGGGGGAGAUCCAGAAUGCCAAGACGCUGGAGAAGUGCCGGCACUCCUUCUGUGAGGGCUGCAUCACCCGCGCCCUGCAGGUGAAGAAGGCUUGCCCCAUGUGCGGCCGCUUCUACGGGCAGCUGGUGGGCAACCAGCCCCAGAACGGGCGGAUGCUGGUCUCCAAGGAUGCCACCCUCCUGCUGCCCAGCUAUGAGAAGUACGGCACCAUUGUCAUCCAGUACGUCUUCCCGCCCGGUGUCCAGGGGGCUGAACACCCAAACCCAGGGGUUCGGUAUCCUGGCACCACCCGGGUGGCCUACCUCCCGGACUGCCCUGAGGGCAACAAGGUGCUGACCCUGUUCCGGAAGGCGUUUGACCAGCGUCUCACCUUCACCAUUGGCACGUCCAUGACCACAGGGAGACCGAAUGUCAUCACCUGGAACGACAUCCACCACAAGACCAGCUGCACAGGGGGACCCCAGCUGUGCGACACCUCUUCAUCUCCCUGCCUUGGCUCCUCCCCCUCUCCAUGGCCACCGAGGGCACAACAUCAGCCCCCUCCCUCUGGGAGCCCCCUAAGUGGAGAGGACUAUGUCUUCCAUCUCAGUUUCAGUUUCCUACAUUCAACCUGGUUGGGAAGGGCCCAGCUUAACUUAUUUAAAAAAAAAAAAAAAAAAAAGCCAGACUUGGGCUGUUACCUUGAAUUGGAAGUCCUUCCUAGAGGAGCAGGGGAGGAGUACAAAUGGGGCCUCUGCUGAGUCACCCAGAAUGAAGUUGCGCAUCGGGUAGUAGGAGCAAGUCCAAGCAGCUAACCCUGGUCCCCAUUUCUCUUUGUUCCCAGGUUUGGGUACCCGGACCCCACCUACCUGACCCGGGUGCAAGAGGAACUGAGAGCCAAGGGUAUCACAGAUGACUGAAGGACAUCCCCUUUGCCAAGGCCCCUGUUGUCCUCUACUAGGACCCACUGGAAGCCUCUGUUCUUCUCCCCCCUGCCCUGUCCCCUCCACACCACACAAGUAGGGGACCUGUCUGACCGGGGAGGGAGCUCAGAGGGAGAGGGCCCACACCUUCCCCUGUCCCUCACUGGCCAAGUGCUUCAGUGCCCUGUGAGCCACUCCCUUCUGGCAGAGGCUGAUCCCAAGGCUCUGCUCCCACUCCCGGUGUACAUACUCCCCGCUCCUAGGCCCUCCAGUGCCCUUGGCUUUUCCUGGUAUGUGCUGUGCUCCAGUGACUAAACAGAAAGACCUGGGGUGGGGAGGGGUGGGGAGGGUCCCUGGAAUCCCUACCCCCCAUACUGCUCCACUGCUGAACUUCCUUGUGGGGGAGGAGGAAUUGGGCUGAUGUGAGCCCCCCAUGGAGCCGGCUCUGUGUGUGUGUGUGUGUGUGUUCAUCAGAUACAGUUCUCCCACCUUAAUCUUGUCCUUUCUCUCCUGUGUCUGUCUCUGUCAGUCUGUCUUUCCCUUGCUCUUCUCUGCCCCCUAUAAGGAGCCUCCUUACCCCCUUCUGGAAUCGCCGCCAGACUGUAGCUUUUAAUUUAAUAAAAAUAAAGUAAAAUAUGCAACUCUC